GCGCUUUGAUUACCGUCCAAAACCUGAUCCUUACUGCCAAGCUCGUUACACCUUCUGUCCCACUGGCUCUGCCAUUCCAGUUAUGAAAGAAGAGGAUGUCAUUGAAGUGUAUCGAUUACAGGCUCCAGUAUGGGAAUUCAAAUAUGGGGACCUACUAGGACAUUUGAAAAUUAUGCAUGAUGCUGUGGGUUUCAAGAGCUCGCUAACAGGCAAAAGCUACACAAUGGAGUGGUAUGAGCUCUUCCAGCUUGGGAACUGCACAUUUCCACAUCUCCGGCCUGGCAUGGAUGCACCAUUCUGGUGUAACCAGGGAGCUGCCUGCUUUUAUGAAGGAAUAGAUUAUGCACACUGGAAGGAAAAUGGAACUUUAGUUCUUGUGACCACAAUAUCAGGAGCCAUGUUUAAUGAAAUGGCAAAAUGGGUAAAAUACGACAAUGAGACUGGCAUUUACUAUGAGACCUGGACAGUUCAAGCAAGUCCCGACAAACAAUCAGUAGUAUGGUUUGACUCUUACGAAUGCUCUAAAUUUAUACUGAGAACGUACCAGAAGCUAGCUGACUUAGGAGCUGUGUUUAAGAAGAUACAAACAAACUAUACCAGCAUAAUUUUGUUCAGUGGAGAACCUAUUUUUUUGGGAAAUGAAACAUCUAUUUUUGGACCGCUAGGAAACAAGACAUUGGCAGCAGCUAUAAGAGACUUCUACUACCCAUUCAAACCUCAUCGGACAGUCGGAGAGUUUUUUGUGGAUCUUUUAAAAAUAAUUGAUCGUGUCAUCUUGAAUCGUCAGUUUUACCUCUUCUACAACUUGGAAUACUGGUUUUUACCUAUGAAGUUCCCUUAUCUCAAAAUAAUUUAUGAAGAGGUCCCUUUACCUACUGGAAGCAAAACAUCCUUUGGUGGAUAG